AUGUCUGAUGAGCUGGAGAAGCUCUUGUCGCCCGAAUCAAUUUCCUCCUGGGAUUUUGAUCUCUUCCGCUUGAAUGAGUUGACGAAGGGGCGGCCGCUUGCUGUGCUUGCUUUUGCUUUGAUACACAUGCAUGGCCUGAUGACGAAAUUGAAGAUUGACGAGACAGUCUUGAAAAGAUAUUUAGUUGCCUUCGAAGACAUGUACAACACUUGCAUGUACCACAAUCCCAUGCAUGCUGCCGACGUCAUGCAAGCCCUAAGUUACCUUGUCCGUGGAGAAAUCGAAGAAAGCAUUGCUCCAGAUGAGCUCUUUAUUACUCUUUUGGCUGGUCCAGCUCAUGACAUUGGACAUCCUGGAGUGAAUAACGCUUUUCUGAUCAAGCAGCAGCAUCCUAUUGCCAUCAAGUACAAUAAUACUUCUGUUCUGGAAACCCAUCAUGCGACGUUAGCUCUAGACCUUAUGGCGGAACCGGACAAGGACGUGCUGUCAUUUCUUAGUGCCGAGCGAAAGGAUUAUUUACGGCACUAUUUGAAGGAGCUGGUAUUGCACACAGACCUGUCUCUGCACAACAAGAUCAUCAAGCGCCUCGAGGAGAACAUGGACCUGAGCGACCCUGAAGACAGGAAGUUCACCCUGCAGACUCUGCUUCACGCGGCAGACCUCUCAAACCCCUGCAAGCCAUGGAAUAUCCAUGUGCAGUGGACUCACGCGAUUCUUGCAGAAUUCUUCUCUCAGGGCGAUCUUGAGAGAGAGAUGGGCUUGGAAGUCAUCCCAAUGCUGGAUCGAAAUGCGAGCUGUGGACGAACAGCGCAGAAGAAUUUUUUUAUCGGAUUUGUUCGACCCUUGUACGAUAGUUGA